ACCGUAUCAGAAAAACUACAUAUUAUGUCUCGUCUAUGGAUUAAGUGCCUGGCGGUUUGGAUAUUAUUGAAGGGAGUUAAUGGCGAUAAUGUUAUGCAGACCAAAGCUCCUAUGUAUCCCGACCAACCUUUCAUUGUGUUCUGGAAUGCCCCUACAGAACAAUGCCGGCUGCGCUACAAAGUGAAUUUAGAUCUCAAUACUUUUCACAUUGUACCAAAUCCCAAUGAGACUUUAAGUGGGUCUGUUGUGACAAUAUUUUACCCUACCCAUUUGGGGAUCUAUCCCCAUAUUGACGACCAUGGGCAUCUCAUCCAUGGGGUUAUACCACAGAAUGAAAGCCUCACCAGACAUCUCACUAAAAUGAAAUCAGAUAUCAACCGGAUCAUCCCAUUGAAGAGAUUCCAUGGACUUGGAGUCAUUGACUGGGAAAACUGGAGACCCCAGUGGGAUAGAAACUGGGGCAGUAAAAAUGUUUACAGAACCAAAUCUAUUGAAUUUGCUAGAAAAUUGCACCCACAGUUGCCUGAAGCCAAACUCAAGAAAAUUGCUAAGGAAGAAUAUGAAAAAGCUGGGAAGAACUUCAUGAAGGAUACACUUAUACUAGCUGAAAAAAUGAGACAAAGUGGAUAUUGGGGUUAUUAUCUGUAUCCAGAUUGCUAUAAUUAUGAUUAUAAAAACAGACCUGAUCAAUACACAGGCAAAUGUCCAAAUAUUGAAAUUUCACGGAAUGAUCAACUACACUGGCUAUGGAAAGAAAGUACUGCCCUUUUUCCUUCUAUAUAUCUUGAAAUCAUAUUGAAAUCAAGUGCCAAUGGUUUGAAAUUUGUGCACCAUCGCCUUAAGGAAUCAAUGCGCAUUGCUUCCAUGGCUAGAAAAGAUUACGCCUUGCCUGUUUUUGUAUAUGCCAGGCCAUUCUAUGCUUAUACCUUUGAACCUUUAACAGAGGAAGACUUGGUGACUACAGUUGGUGAAACUGCAGCAAUGGGGGCAGCAGGAAUUGUCUUUUGGGGAGGCAUGCAAUAUGCCAGUACUGUUGAUAGCUGUCAAAAAGUGAAAGACUACAUGAAUGGUGCAUUGGGACGUUACAUCAUUAAUGUGACUUCUGCAGCCAAGAUUUGCAGCAAGGUCCUUUGCAAGAAAAAGGGAAGAUGUAUUCGUAAACAUAGUGACUCAAAUGCCUUUUUGCACUUGUUUCCUGAAAGUUUUAGGAUCAUAGUGUAUGCCAAUAACACUGAGAAGAAAGCGAUUGUGAAAGGAAAACUGGAGUUGGAGGAUUUGAAGUUUUUAAGAGAUAAAUUUAUGUGUCAGUGUUAUGAAGGCUGGAUGGGAGAUUUUUGUGAAGAGCGUUCUGUAAAAAAAAUAUACCAAAUAUAA